AGAGGAAUCCUCCAUCAUAACUGGACGCCACUGUCUGAUGGCGUUAAUUAUCUUUUAGCGACUGACUAGGAGGGCUAGAGUUCCUUCUUCCUUUUGGUGUAGUACAACUGCAUUUUCCAGAUCAUCAUACUAUAUUGCUAAUUCCUGAUAAACAACCAUUUGUCCUGCACAGCGAGCUGAGGGGCUCCUUGGCGUUCCCUCUCCGAGUGCAGCCCUAACCCGGGCUUUUGACCUUCAGCCUGUGAUGCACUUUCGUUUGCCACUGGGGCCCAUGUAGUGCGUAAAUGGGCGGCAGAUUUGUAGGUCUUCCAGCGGGAGAACUUUGGGAAGAGUCCAGGACGUGAAUUUAAUGGGUGGAGAGGCUGUGGCAGCCCUGUGAAGUUAGGGCGGCCAACUGCAGGAAGCCAUGCUUCAUUACACCCUUCAUGGGAGCUGGCACACUCGCCCCACCCUCGUUACCCACCGGCCAGUCCUGGAGGAAAAGGCCGGCAGAUGGUCUCUAGCGACCGGCCCGUGUCACUGGAGGACGAGGUCUCCCAUAGUAUGAAGGAGAUGAUUGGAGGCUGUUGCGUUUGCUCAGACGAGAGAGGCUGGGCCGAGAACCCGCUGGUUUAUUGCGACGGGCACGGCUGCAGCGUCGCGGUGCAUCAAGCUUGCUAUGGCAUUGUUCAAGUACCCACUGGACCAUGGUUUUGCCGGAAAUGUGAAUCUCAGGAGAGAGCAGCCAGAGUGAUGGUAUACAAUUCCUCUUGGUUAGUAGCCUCAUCUGGAAACGUCCCUCCUGGAUACAUAGAACAUCACUGCGCAUGUGCAUCUCCCCUCCCCCGAUGCCUGGUAUCUAAUGUUCCUCCAGUUUCUGGUGCUCUAAUGCAUUGCUUUUGGACUUGUCUUACUUAACUGCAGCGGCUUUCUUUGGUCCUAAGUCAUUUCCCACUCGUCAUAUGUCCUUUCAAGUUUCCGGGGAUAGUCUUUUUUAUAUUUAUGGCUUUAUGCCCUUUAUCUCAGUUGUCAUUUGGCGUUUCAAGAAGGAGAGGUGGUAGUGUUUAAUUGGAAUUAACUACUUGUGUUUCUGAUGUGGUCUUUUUAUAUUUCUGACAGGGUCUUGUUUUACCAAGUACUAGUCAUCAGUCUAUCCUGUUUACUUGAUUUUUUUUCCCAUUCAACUCACAAACAUUUUUGAAUCAUCCCAUGAAUUCUACUUUCCAUUUACAUUUUUGCCCUUUUAUCUUUUCCUCUUUGCUGACAAGCUUCCUGAAAAAAUAAAACUAGUUGAUAUAUUCACUUCUUCGAA